CUUCUACUUCUCUCAAAAAUCGCUAAAAUCACUUAAAACUCUCCAAAUUCCUCAUUAAACCCUUAAAAUCUCAUAAAACCUCCUUUAGCCUUUCCUAAAAUGUCAUAUCGGCCAAAAAUAGGUAUAAACAAACUAACCAAACGUGUUGCCACUAAAAAGAAUACUCACAGGUCAAAAAACUUAAGAAGCAAGGAACCCGACCCCGCUACUAAAAACCAUAGAAAAUAGACUUGACCACAAGUUAAGGUUAACCCAGAACACACAGGAGAACGACCAUGAUUAUGACAAAUUGUCCUAUAAAGGCCUUAAACGGAACUAAUGAGCCUGACACAGACAGUGAGUACACAUACUCAGUCGAGAGCAAGUCUAUUAAGAAAGCAAAGAGGUCUCAGGCAACAUCGAAUACAUCCAGAGAGUAUGAUAAACCUCCCAAGGGGGCAAAGAAAACCAAGGGAAGCAAGAAGACAUCUAAUGAGAAAGUAGCUAGUAAGAAGAAUAGAGUGGAGUUUUUGAAUGCAUUCAAACGAGAGAAGUCUAGUAAAGGAAGAGGAAGACAUAAAUCUGCUGUAGGAGAGAUGAAACCUAUCAAACUCUCCCAGAAGCAAAAUGUUUAUUUAAAAAACCAAGAAGAACAAAAAGAGACUGACGAUGGAAUAUCUAUUGAAAUUAUUGACCAAUCAGACUUGGAAAGAGCUACCAACAAUGAAAACUGCCUUGUGGUUGACUUGAGAGACAUCCCUAGUCCGAAGAUCACUCAUGAGAAAGGGAUGCCCAUCUUGAAUAUCUCCUUAAAAGAUUACAAUGCUGAAGAAGAACAAAAAGGCAAGAAAAGCUCAAAGCAACCUCAGAGAUCGAAGUCUUUAUACAAAAGUUUAGACCAAUCUCAAGAUUCGAAGAAAGGAAUAUUCAGUACAGUCUCCAUGAAGCAGCCAGCCCAAAAAUCUGCCAGAUUCGGAAAAAUGGAAGAAGAGAUCGAUGUAUCUGAACAAAAUACUCUUGAUUAUGGAGGCACUUGUCUCAACCAAGAAAAGUUAGUAUCAAAGGGUUAUAAACCUCCAGAAAGACAUGAAAAUUUCAGCAGGUUUUUUGAAAGCUCUGGCCAAGUUCUGAUAGAUACUAUCACUGAUGAUAAGAAUAAAAGAACCAGUGAACUAAUUAAUGAUGCUUUGAACACAAUUGAGACCGUUAAUAACCCAGGAGGAAUUAUUGAUGCCCCUUCUAUUGAUAAUAUCACUCCAAUCAAGAAGAAGAUUGACCUAGAUCAUAAGAAUGAUGAUACUCUUGAUUUUGAAGUGAAUCCUAAUCCCAUAUUAGAUACUACUCCUUCCCACUACCCUUCUAAUAGACCAGGGGAGCAGAUGUACGAUAGUCCAUUAAAGAAAGCAUAUCAAAACAUGAUUAAACAAAAUGAGAUGAAAAAUGAGACUCCCUCUCCAGCUAAAGAUCCUAAGAGAACCAGCACAGGUAAAAAGAAAAGAGAUACGUCUAAUAUCAGGAAAAAAUUAACUAAAAAGGAGGACUCAAAGACAUCAAUCCAUGCUAAAAACAGAGAGUAUUCAAACCACAAGCACCUGACUCCUCAAAAGAAAAAAGCUAGCAAGAGGAAAUCCUCAAAAUCUCCUCUCAGAAACUCGAAGCAGAGCAAGAAUAACAUCGUUGGUAUCAACAUUGAACUUGAGGAUGAUCUAGAUUCAACGGUAGACGAGAACCAUAAGAAAUUUAUCCAAAAUUCUGCCAACAAAUUGAGAAGCAAGAUGCAAUCACAGGCUAUGCUGAAGACUCAGACAAAGUCGAUUGAAGUAAAUUUCUCAUCUAAAGAAACUGAGAAAGACAAGAACACCCAGAAGAUAUCCCAGACUACAGAGAAUGCGCCUAAUAAUGAGGGAAAAGAUCUCACAAUUGGGCGUAACGAGGCUUCUAAACUUACUGUCUCUGAUAAAAAGACUAUCUCUAAUAUAGAAAUGAUAUCUUUCUCUCCUUCUGGUGGGAAGCAGCUGAAGAUAAACCAGCUUGAGGAGAAACUAACCCAGUCUGAAAGAAUCAUCCUUGAGCUACAAAAUCGGCUAGAACUUAACGAAAAUGUGUACAAGGAAAAGUAUGAGAAAACUAAAAAGGAAAUUCAAGAAUUGGAGAGGGACAAUAUCUCCCUCCACCAGAUGGUCAAAUCAAAAAUUAACGAAACCUCUGAGUUAAAAUAAUAAAAACACUGAGCUACAGCAUAAAAUCAGUUCUAACAACAUGCUUAGUCAGAAGAUGAGCAUGACUGAGGAAGAACUGAGGAUGAAGAUUAAUGAUCUCAUGAACAAGAACACUGAGCUCAACUUCUUGCUCAGACAGAAAGACGAGGAAGUCCAAGGAGAGAAAAAUAAGUUAAAAUAACAUCCAGAUUGACCUAAGCAACGCUCAGAAUGUAGAAACUGGGUUAAAUAAAGAAAUUACUCAGCUUAAGAAGGACAGAGAAAGUAUCUCUGCUGAGCUGAGAGACCUUAAAGAUGAAAAAUGAAGUAUCCAGGUAGAACUCAGAGAACAAAAGGGAAUCAUUGACAAUCUUCAAAGAGAAAAUAAGGAGUUUAAGUCAAGAUUUGAAGUUGUGAAUGCGAAUUCGGAUAAAAUGGAGAAAGAGAUAGCCAGCUUGAAUACAAAAUUGUCAGCUCAACAACAUAUAGAUGAUAAGGUACAUAUGUAUGAACAGGAAAGAGAGAUUAUCAAACAGGAAUUACUGAGGAUUUCUAAAUGUCAGAUGGAGAACGAGGUCUAUAAAUCCCCUUCCCUAAGCACAGAUUAUAAACUUUCGAGACCAAUUGAUAUCACUGGGGAUACUGUGAAUGGAAUUCUAUCAAAGAUGGCAACUACUGAUUCUAAAUGUGGCAUAAGCUCAUACAAUCCAUCAUUGAACUACCAAGCUCAUACUCCAAUGGAGUACAAGACUUAUGCAAAUUUUGGGGAAGACGAAAAUCUAUUAUCAAAUUUAGGAUCAAAGACACAUGAGUUUAAAUUCAGUAAGAAAGAUUAUGCGACUUUUGGGGACCAUUUUGAGAAAUUCCAGAGCCAUCCUACUUCGCAUCAUUAUUCUCAUGAAGAACUCUCCUCUAUCGACGUUAAGAACCAGCAUAUGAUGGAUAUGGGAGAAAGACCUGCUGGUAUUAAAUCCAGGACAGCUAAGAAAGAGCUAAAUUUAUUUAAAGGCUAA